AUGGCAGGGCUUACUGAUAACAACGAAGAUAACUUCAACACACAAAUGCUUGCCGCUAUCGAGUCCAACGACCUCGCUACCCUACAUGAUGUGAUGUCGAAACGCGAGGCUGAAGGUCAUGAUGCUUUGCGCCAGGGUAACGGAUUGAGCGAUGCCCUCAACGAAGCAUUAGGGCUGGCCCGGUACGACAUGGCCGAGGAGCUUUUCAAACGUGGUGCUAGGUGCACUGAUUGCACCAUCGGGUAUGUUCUGGAUGGGGCACGUAGGGAAAAUGAGUGGAACACGAAAGCCAUCGAUGUGGCGCUGGCGUACGGUUGGAAUAUCAACGAGCCCUAUGAGCAUGUUGGCAGCGCUCUUGUAUCCACCGUCAAUGACGCGGAGACAGGCCCAGGAUUUCCUGAUGGCGAUACAGCUUGCCUAAAAAUUGCUGCGCAUCUAUUGUCAAAAGGCGCCCAUGUGAACGAGAGCACCCGGACGAACGAAAACCCGCUCGAAAUAGCCUGUGGGAAAGAUGACAGGCAUAUGGCCGCGCUAUUGUUGGCACACGACGCAUCGCUGAAAGAGGCGCCCAAGGCACUCCUCAAUGCUGCCAGUGAAGGCAGCAUUGACAUUAUGCAGCAGCUUCUGGAUCGAGGCGCCGAUGUCAAUGCACACCCGUACGGAAGGCUCGAGAUAAUCCCUUGCCAACUAGAGGACGAAGUCUCAUUUCUCUUAGAGAAAGGCGCGACCAAGGAGUACAGGAACAUGGUGGGGUUAACAGCUUUGGAUCUUGCUCGCAAAUUGGGACAUGAGGAUAUUGUGCGGUUGUUAGAGUAA